CCCCAUCAUCCGUUCCCCUUCACCUGCCAACACUUCGUCACCGGUGCGGUUUCUUUUAUUUUCUUUUGCCCACCUCUUAUAUAUACAUACAUAUAUAAAAGGGAACUUUGGCUUUGACCCGCGCCAUCCGUCAUCCUAACUCCGCGCCUCGUCUUCUCUCUGGGUUUUGCGUUGUUGCUGCCGGCCGCUUCUGUCUGUCUCUUCCGUCACAACAUCCACACACACAUACACAUACAUAACAUAACAUAACAUAACAGCACGGUUGUGUCUUUUCCGUCCCAAUUCGUUGUUGUUGUUGUUGUUGUUUUUUGUGUUGUGUAGUCAUCUUGUUGUUGCUGAGUGAUGACAGUUGUUGUUUGAGUUUCUUUGCUCCCGUUGCUCGUACCGUCCCAGCUGACACGCCGAUUUUCGACCCGGCCCUGAAGCCAAAAUAAUUUUUGUUCACCAACCAAACAAACCAACCACCCCGUUGCCAUAGCGAAGAAAAAUAACCUCCCCUUCAUCAAUACGCCCUUUUCUCCCCGGCCCCAAACGAAAUUUCUUGAGAGAGAAGUAAAAGUGUUCAGCUCGCAAUCGUUUUGCUUGUGCUCACUUUUCGCUCCCUCCCUCGCUCUCCCUCUCUCCGCCUGGGUCCCCGCUACCUCGCACACACGCACACACACACUCUCUAUUGUCGUCAUCAGAACCCAACCGCGCUGCAUAUCUCUCCCCGCCUUUUUGCGCUGGACGCUUCGCUCCAUCAACGGCCCAUUUUGUUGCGCAAGGAAAAGUUAAUAACCAGUUUUUUCCCACCAACACAGCUCUUCAUUCGUUUUUGAAAAAGGUUGUUCUGGGGGCGAAUAUUUUUGUUUGCAAUAAUAUUGAGGAACAAGAAGGGGGAACGACGGAGAGGAAACCACAAACACGCAGCGGCAGCCCGGACGCCUCUUCCGAAGAAGAUACAAGGGUACACCCAAGUUCGACGUACACAUCACCAACCAACCACCUGCAACAAACUUGCUAAUCAUCAUCGCCACUUGGGAGGGGGAAAAAACAAAAGCUUAUUUUGAGGAAGGAAGUUGGGAACAUCCUUGGAGGAGCUUAUCACACCUCCACACGACCACCACGAGCGGGGGGCGAAACGGGGUAGAGUUGCCCUACAUAUAAGGAAAGGAAGAAGGAAGAAGAAGAGGGGUUUGCAGGAAGAACGUGCGCCUCUGUGUGUUUCUGACCAGCUCCAAGGCCUUUGACCUUUUUGCGCACGACAGAGAGGGCUCGAUCGAAAAAGUAGGAAAGGAAAAAAGGAACAGAGAGGGAAGAGAGAAGGAAAGAUGGAACUCAUGGAGCUUGUUGAUAACGAGCCCACGGCCCGCCCUUUCCAGUGCGAUUGGGAUGGGUGUGGAAACAAAAAACAGAGCUUCAACCGCAAGUCAGAUCUCCAAAGACAUUAUCGGAUUCACACCAACGAGCGGCCGUAUCAGUGCAACCAGCCAGGAUGCGGAAAGAGCUUCAUCCAGCGGAGCGCGCUGACGGUUCACAUCCGGACGCACACUGGCGAGAAGCCACAUCAGUGCCAACACCAUGGCUGCGGGAAGAGGUUCUCAGACUCCUCGAGUCUUGCCAGACAUCGCCGCAUCCACACCGGCAAGCGACCGUACAAGUGCGCCCAUGACGGCUGCUUGAAGAGCAGCUUCUGCAGAAAGACCACCAUGGUCAAGCACCAACGCCGCUCUCACCAACGAGGCAUCCACUCUUCCGAGCUCGACGACUCCAUGUCCGACACGGGCAGUGAGGACUCCCCCUCCACCCCAAAGAGCCAUUCCGCCAUGCCUUGGGCCACAGCCCAACAGCAACAUCACCACAUCCCCAUGAUGGGACCCCACGGCCACCAUCUCCAGCGUGCCGCGAGUUUCGCCGACUUUGGCCAGCAAAUGAACGGGUACAGCCUCCAGCAGCAGUACAACAACCAACACCGCCAUUCUUUGUCGUCUGGCGGGGCAGCUGAAUACCACGGCCUGCAUCAGGAUCCGCACCCCCAAGCUGUUCACCACCACCAUCAACAACAACCCCAGCCUCCCCAACAUCACCACCACCAAAACGUUCCCGUCGUGCUGCAGAGGACGUCCUCCCUCCCCCACCACAGUUACUUCGUCGCGGACUCCAACAACCCCGGCGUAGCAACAAUGAACACCAACCCCCACCCUGGCGCCCCUCAGGUUCACCACCACCAGCACGCCCCCCAAUACCAAACCAUCCCGCGCCAAGCCCCCGUUGAGAUGACCUAUCCUUCCGCCCCCGGUCUUGCCGCCUCCAUCCAGUCAAGCCCAUCCAGCUUCUCGGCCGGAUCAGGCCGGUCCCCCUCCACCCAAGAAGGGUUUUACACUCAUGCCCCUCCCGCCCAAGCAGCGACAUAUGCUCUUCACGCGACGAGCCCAGUGGUGGAGACUCAACAGCAGCAGCAGCAGCAACAACAACAACAACAACAACAACAGAACAUGUACCCCCCUCCUCAGCAAGCCCAGGCCCAACCAACCAGCCAACCUCAGGAGCAAAAGUACUAUGAGCCGCAACCGGUCAGAGAGGAAGAGCCGCAGCAGAAUUGGUAUAGCGGUGCGCAUGCUGUUUACCAGCCUCCGGUCGAGGUGGCGACGAUUGGGGGGUAUGCCGCCGGUGGUGUGUAUGACCCGUGGGGGACGGGGCCAAAGCUGGAGUUUGAUGACGGGAUGCAGUUGCCCAGUGCGAGGAUUGAGUCGAUGUAAGGGGUUGGGUGGGAAAGUGGUGAUGUUGCAUGUUGUUGCAUAUUUUGGAUUUUGUCUUUUUUUUUGGGUUGGUGUUUUUUUCCCUCUCUUCAUCCAUCAAUACCCCCUUUUUCUUCUUCUUUCUUUCUUUCUUGCCUUGCAGUCUCUCAGAUGGGGACUGGGGCUUGUGUAACAUUAGUUGUAUUUGUGCGCGUGAUGCGGUUUUGGAUUUUUUUCUUUUCUUGUGGAGGUAUUUGCCGAGCAAACGGGAGGCUGUUGGUUUGAUGUUGUUUGUCGUCGUCGUUGUCGUCGCAUUUUAACCCGGAACACCACACACACAAAGGAACAUUUGGGGUC